AUUCUGGGAACCAAAAAUCAUCAUCAAUUUUGUUUCCCAGAAUGUUUUGCUUGAUGCUGUUUUUCUAGUUUUAUUCUGUAAAGACAAAGACUUGUAAAUGUUUAAUGUUCAUUUAACUUUGAACAAAAUGUUUCCAGUAAUAACAUAAAUUUAAAUCUACGGUAAGUUACCGGCAACCCAGCUGCAAAUUUCUACAGAAUUUUUUUACCGUGCAUGUUGUACUGUGCAUGGCAUGCUAUUAAAAAAUGAAUUAAGUGAUAUUUACUGUAUGUAAAUUAAAACUGGAUGAAACAUUUGUCAUUGUUAAAAACUACCUUUAAAUUCUCAUAUGUUGUAAGUUGCAGGUGUUUUGUUUAGAUGGCAUGACCCAGCUCCCACUGUGUUUUUCACCUGUGGAUAUGCUAAUACUGUAGAGAGUGCAGAAAGCACAUUGAAUGUAAUAUGUUACUGUGUUGUUUUGUCUUAAUCUAGGGUAGGGAACGAUAAAUUGUAUUGUUUGCAACAAUAGUGGUUUCCCCUCCACCCUCUGGAAUUUGGAAUGGCUUAUAUGUCUUUACACUCCUCCAAUGUUCACAUUUCAGUCCGGAACAAAUACUCGGUCUGUAUACUCACGGAGAAUCCUAUCAUCUCCUUUAACAUCAUGAUCCUAAACGUCAUAUACGACAGCCUUGAUUUUAAGAGUUGGAUGAUUUUAAUUUUUGUUUUAUUGAUUCUGUAUGAUGUUCUUGAAAAUAAAAAUCCAUCUAAUUUCCCCCCCGGACCCUUGUCUUUACCAUUUCUGGGAACUCUCUUUACUGAGAUGGAUUUUAAGACCAUGGAUAAGUUGACUGAAGUCUACGGAAAUGUAUUCAGUUUGAGAGUGGGCAAUCAGAAACUGGUAGUCAUUUCUGGUUAUAAACUGGUAAAGGAGGCCCUGAUUGAACAUGAUGGCUUUGUUGAUCGUCCAGCUAUUCCCAUAUUUCACAAAAUAAAUAAGGGAAUAGGCAUAACUAUGAGCAACGGAUAUCUGUGGCGUAUGCAUAGGAAGUUUGCUCUCUUUCAUUUGAGGAACUUUGGAGAUGGAAAAAAAAACCUUGAGCUUGGGAUCCUGCAAGAGUGUGUUUACCUUUGUGAAGCCUUUAAGUCAGAAAAGGAACCAUUCAAUCCCCAGGUCACAUUAAACAGCGCUAUCUCAAAUAUUAUUGCCUGCUUGGUGUUUGGAAAACGCUUCGACUAUCAUGAUGAAAAUUACCAAACCUUUCUGCGCCUUGACACUGAAUGUAUUCAGUUAGCCGGCUUAACUAGGACACAGUUGUACAAUGUGUGUCCUUGGCUUUUUGAAUACAUACCUGGCCCUCACCAAAAAAUGUUUGCCAACUAUAAGAAGAUCACAGAUUUUAUGAUUGGAGAGAUUAAAAAACACAGAGAAGACUGGGACCCUUUAAACCCUCGUGACUUUAUAGACAGCUACCUGGCAGAGAUGGAGAAGAGAAAGAGUGACGCUGAAGCUGGCUUUAAUAUGGAAAGUUUAUUCGUGUCUUGCCUUGACAUGGUUGAAGCUGGGACAGAGACGGCAACAACAACAUUACGCUGGGGUUUGCUCUUUAUGAUAAAGUUUCCAGAAAUACAGGUAAAGGUCCAGGAAGAGAUAGAUCGAGUCAUUGGCCAGAUUCGUCAACCCAGCUUGGCUGACAAAGUUAACAUGCCUUAUACUGAAGCUGUUGUCAAUGAGAUACAAAGAUUUGGUAAUGUUGUGCCACUGGGAUUCCCGAAACUAGCUACUAAAGACACUAUGAUAGGAAAAUACUUCAUUCCAAAGGGCACUGCCAUAACAACAAACCUGUCUUCAGUUCUGAAUGAUCCAGAUGAAUGGGAAACACCUCAGACCUUUAACCCUCAACACUUUCUGGAUGAUAAAGGCCAGUUUCGAAAGAGAGAUGCCUUCAUACCAUUUUCAGCAGGUAAGAGAUCAUGUGUGGGAGAGCAGCUGGCCCGUAUGGAGCUUUUUCUGUUCUUCACCUCCAUACUGCAGCGGUUUACCGUCUCUAAAUGUCCUGGAGAGGAGCCCAGUUUGGAAGGAGAGAUUUGGUUCACAUACGCUCCAUCUCCCUUCCGCAUUUGUGUGACCUCACGUUAGACUUUUGCAUUAGGAAAAGCAUCUCUAAUGAAAAGAUUAUUAAUAGUAAAAAAUCAAGAAAGGAACAUGAUUUAUGUAAUUCUAGGAGCUUUUAUUUGAUCGUUAAGUUUGUGUGUUUUGUGUAGCCAGAGUA